UCCCCUGGCGGGCGAGAAAAACAGCAUUGUGCUUCACUAUUUAAACUUCUAUCUCUAGCUUUUUGCUUCAAAGCUCAAAGGAUACAGGGAUAGAGAAAGAAAAUUACCUAAAAAGGAAAAAGAAAAGAAAAGACAGAGAAAGAGGAAGAGAAUGAGCAAUGGCGACUUCAAAAGGUGAGAGGAGGGUGGUGUUAUUGUGCGGAGACUACAUGGAAGACCACGAGGCCAUGGUUCCCUUUCAAGCACUGCAAGCCUAUGGAGUUGCUGUUGAUGCUGUCUGCCCUGGCAAGAAAGCUGGUGAUGUCUGCCGCACUUGCAUUCAGGAGCCUUCUCCUGGUCAUCAGACAUAUUCUGAAACACGUGGUCACAAUUUUACGGUCAAUGCAACAUUUGAUGACAUUGACUUUAGCAAAUAUGAUGGGUUGGUGAUACCAGGAGGGCGAGCUCCGGAGUAUCUUGCCGUGAAUGAGUCAGUUUUGGAGUUGGUGAGAAAAUUUGCCGAUGCCAAAAAGCCAAUUGCUUCUAUUUGCCAUGGACAACUGGUUUUAGCAGCUGCAGGCUUAGUUAAAGGUCGGAAGUGCACUGCAUUCCCUUCUUUGAGACCGGUACUUGUUGCCGCAGGUGCUCAUUGGGUAGAACCGGAGACCAGGUUGGUGUGUGUUGUUGAUGGAAAUAUGAUAACUGGAGUUACAUAUAAAGGGCAUCCCAAGUUCAUUAGGCUUUUCGUGAAGGCACUCGGAGGCAACAUAACUGGUGCAGAUAAAAGGAUCUUGUUUCUCUGUGGGGAUUUGAUGGAAGAUUAUGAGGUAAUUGUUCCUUUUCAGUCCCUACAAGCUCUUGGGUGCCAUGUUGAUGCAGUUUGCCCUAAGAAGAAGGCUGGUGAUACCUGCAUAACCGCUGUUCAUGAUUUUGAAGGUGACCAAACCUACAGCGAGAAACCAGGCCAUACUUUCUUCUUGACAACUAAUUUUGAAGGUCUAGAUAGCUCCAGCUACGAUGCUCUUGUCAUCCCUGGAGGCCGAGCCCCCAAGUAUUUGGCAUUGGAUCAGACGGUCAUUGCAUUAGUGCAGCAAUUUAUGGAAGCCAGGAAACCACUUGCAUCCAUCUGCCAAGGACAGCAGGUUUUAGCUGCUGCUGAUGUCCUCAAGGGAAGGAAAUGUACUGCAUAUCCUGCUGUGAAGCUUAAUGUGGUGUUGUCAGGAGCAACAUGGUUAGAGCCUGAACCAAUUCAUCGUUGCUUCACUGAUGGAAAUUUGGUUACAGGAGCAGCUUGGCCAGGCCACCCAGAGUUCAUUUCUCAGUUAAUGGUAUUGCUUGGUGUUCAAGUAACUUUUCUUUAAUUGCUGGUUUUCAGGAUUACCCGACGUCUAUAUUUUGUUAUCAAUUGUAAAGAAAUAACAACGUAUCGUUUUCUGUCUAAUGAUACCAAGGUCCUCAUUUGUAUUCAAGUCUGCUUGUGAAUGAAAGUUGUACUGUUACUACCUCUUUGGAAGACAAACUCUUGGUUCGUUUUUCAAUACGAUUAGAUGCUACAGAUCAUGAAAAUUGUUUA